UUAAUUCUAAUACAGAUAGACUUGUGAGAAACACAGGAAUCCACAUGGACACUGCUGGCAAAGCUAUAAAGUGCAAGGCUGCAGUAGCCUGGGGGCCAAACAAACCGUUAAGCAUUGAAGAAAUUGAAGUUGCUCCUCCAAAGGCUCAUGAAGUCCGAAUAAAGAUUAUAGCUACUGGAAUUUGUCGCUCAGAUGAAAAUGUAUUGGAAGGAAAACGAAAUCAAAUUAAAUUUCCAGUUAUUUUAGGUCAUGAAGCUGCUGGCAUUGUUGAGAGUGUGGGACUAGGUGUAACUAAAAUAAAUCCAGGAGAUAAAGUCAUACCGCUGUUUGUCCCUCAAUGCGGAGAAUGCAAAAGUUGUAUUGACCCGAAAAGCAACUUAUGCUUCAAAUCAGAUGUCGGCAAAUAUACUGGGUUGAUGUUUGACAACACCAGCAGAUUCACCUGCAAGGGAAAACUGGUUCAUCACUUUUUAACCACCAGCACCUUUACUGAGUACACUGUUGUGGAUGAAUCAUGUGUUGCUAACAUAGAUGACAAUGCACCUCUUGAUAAAGUCUGUCUGAUUGGCUGUGGGUUUUCAACAGGCUAUGGCUCUGCAGUGAAUGUUGCUAAGGUUACUCCAGGCUCCUCGUGUGCUGUGUUUGGUCUGGGAGGUGUUGGCCUUUCAGUGAUUAUUGGAUGCAAAGUUGCAGGUGCUUCUAAUAUCAUUGCCAUUGAUACAAAUAGUGAUAAGUUUGCUAAAGCAAAAGAGUUAGGAGCCACUCACUGUGUCAACCCGAAGGACUUCAAGGAACCAAUCAAUGAAGUGCUGGCAAAUAUGUCUGAUGGAGGAGUAGACUAUUCAUUUGAGUGCAUUGGGAACACUGAUGUCAUGGUUUCUACCCUUCUAACCAGUAACGCUGGCAGUGGAACCGCUGUGAUUGUUGGAGUGGCACCUACAUCAUCGCAGAUUGCAUUUGAUCCAAUGCUGAUGCUCACUGGACGUACAUUGAAAGGGGCUCUAUUUGGCGGCUGGAAGAGCAAGGAUUUUGUUCCAGUGCUAGUCAGGGAUGCGAUGGCAAAGAAGUUUACAUUGGACGGAUUGGUGUCUCACAAACUGCCCUUUCAUAAAAUCAAUGAAGGAUUUGAACUUCUGCGUAAGGGUGAAAGUAUACGGACCGUCCUGCAGUUCUGAGACCAUCUGCAAAUUUUCAUCCUCAAAUAUUCUAUUGCAAAUAGGCAACCGGAAAAAAUGUUUUCACCUAACAGCUAAUUAAAUUUGCUUGAUAUAGUUAAUAAUUAAAAGUACAUUAUAGUGUAAAAUGAAUAGCCUCAAUUUUCUUACAGCAUUUUAUUUAAAAGGAAUUAGCCUUUUUCGCUAUUUGUUUCUUUUCCACAGUUGAGUAGAGCAUGUAUCAGGGGCGUAUUAUUUCCUAAGCAAACAAGGCACUUGCCUAGAGCGACAAUUGAGGGGGGGGGGGGCACUUUUUGAAUCCUUUGUAGCAGUGGAGGUACAUCAAUUAUAGAACACAGCUGAGAUUGCAUUGCUUUGCAGCACAAACCUUAGCGCAGAACUUCCUCUAAUCCGGGGUGUAUGUAAUGUCAUACCUGAUAGUCUUAAGAUUAGCAAUGCAUUGCAUCUAGGUGCACAACAUUAACUGUGUAUUUAUCCACUAUGCUGGGUUAGACACAUAGUGAAAAGGGGUUGUCAUUGAAAAUAAAUACUUUAACAGAAUAGACCACCCCAAUUUCCCUUUUAAUCAAUAUGAUUGCAUAGCAAAAUCAGAAUGACACUGCAAAAAACACGACUCAAGGACGUCUGUGCAAACUUCUACAAAACAAUGCCACAAAACAAACAGGACAGAGGAAGGGCUAGUGUUGUAUAAAUGGAAGCCAAAGUCAACAUGUGCUUCUCAGAUAAUUUCUGUUUCCCUCUAUGCUUACUUCAGCUGCAACAAAAACAUGUCUAAUUUGUAUCUGCAGAAAACAAAUAUAUUUUGUAUUAACCUACAGAACACAUUCCCUCCCCUUCAUCUUCCCUUUUCCUACUUAAUCCACUCACUCCUGCAAAUACAAAAGGUUUAAACAUGUUUAAGUCCAAUAUAAAGGUAUAAAGUACACUGUUGCUCUUUUAAAAUGAUAGAAAAUGCAUAUUUAGGUAUUCUAUAAAUCCAUAAAAAGAUAAAUGCUGGAUAGAAAUAGAUAAAAUAGGGGGAGGGAAGGGCUCAAAGCCUGACAUUGCCAGCAUACAUAUUACCAAUAUUGUAUAUAUUUUAUUGAAAUACAAUUUAAGAUCAGUACAAACAAUGUAUUGUAUACUAGCUUGGAAACUCACUUUAUAAUAUUUGUA